AGUACGUACUCGCUGGCUGGACCAAUGAACGCCCUCUGUGGGUGGUUGCUAAGAGACGCGUUGUGUCCAUGUUGCCGAGAGAGAGUUUACCUGCAGUGUGUGAAACGUAUCCACUGUAAUGGUGAAGUUGAGGGCGAAGUGUCUCCUCAUCGGAGAUGCUGCGGUGGGAAAAAGUGCCCUGUCCCACAUGUUUCACAGUGACGGUACUCUUUUCCAGAAGAACUACAGCAUGACAACUGGAGUGGAGCUGCUGAUGAAAUGUGUCAGCAUCCCAGAGACCAACGACAGUGUGGAGCUCUACAUCAUAGACUCUGCAGGGAAGGAGACAUUAGUGGAAACCUGUGAGAAAAUGUGGGGCGAGCUGUCGUUGCUGUGUCUGGUCUUUGACCUGACCAGUGAGCAGUCUUUUGCCAACUGCAGCCACUGGAUGGAGAGAGUACGUUCCCACUGCCAGAGUCGCCAAGUUUCCGGUGUACUUGUUGGCAACAAGUCAGACCUGUCUGCUAGAAGGGAGGUCCAGGCAUCUGUCGCCCAGGAAUGGGCCCAAAGCCAGGGGCUUGACUACCAUGAGACAUCGGCUAAGGAGAAGGAGAACUGUGAUGCCCCGCUCCUCAGUUUAGCCCGGGCCUUCCACUCUCUCUACAGAGAACGUCUCGAGACCAUCCAGAACCUUAGUCCAGGCUAAAGCCUUCCAAAGUCACAGGAUAAGAGACACAUGGGUUUCCAUUCAGAUCAUUUAUUUAUUAAACAUACAAGUUAAUGUCAACUCUGAAAAAUGUCUUGAUAUGACAAUGAAUAAAGUUGUUGUUAUUUUA